AUGGAGACCUUAUCCCAGGACUCUCUGCUGGAGUGCCAGAUUUGCUUCAACUACUACAGCCCCCGCCGGCGGCCCAAGCUGCUGGACUGUAAGCACACCUGCUGCUCCGUGUGCCUGCAGCAGAUGAGGACCAGCCAGAAGGACCUGCGCUGUCCCUGGUGCCGUGGGAUCACCAAGCUGCCUCCGGGGUACUCCGUGUCCCAGCUGCCCGACGACCCCGAGGUGAUCGCCGUCAUCGCGAUCCCCCACACCUCAGAGCACACCCCUGUCUUCAUCAAACUCCCCAGCAAUGGGUGCUACAUGCUGCCCUUGCCUCUCUCCAAGGAGCGAGCGCUGCUGCCGGGAGACAUUGGCUGCCGUCUCCUGCCCGGCAGCCAGCAGAAGUCCCUGACGGUGGUGACGAUUCCCGCGGAGCAGCAGCCGCUGCAGGGCAGCCUUCCCGCCGAGGCGGGGGCGGAGGAGCCGGACCGGAGAGGCGCUGUGAAAAGUUCCACCUGGUCGGGGGUGUGCACUGUGAUCCUGGUGGCCUGCGUCCUGGUCUUCCUGCUGGGCAUCGUCCUCCACAACAUGUCGUGCAUUUCCAAGCGCUUCACGGUGAUCUCCUGCGGCUGA